CACGUCCUCUUCCGGGUGUGUUUGAAAAGACUUUCACUGAGCUGUGGAAGGGAUUGAUCGAAUGAUACACACGGCAACACAAACUCAAGCCAAGACCAUUUUUAUGAAAAGAGCAGUGCAACCAGAAAGAGAGCAGUUGUAAUCUGUGUGCAGGAAUGUCAGAAGCUAGUUUUGACUCGUAUAAUCAAUCGGACCCUAAUGAACAGGGCCCUCAAAAUACUGCUGACUCUGUGAGCCAAUCAGAGGCCAGAAAAAACAGCCUGGAUGAAGCACACAUGACUGAAAUUGACAUCAGUGAGGACAAGGAUGUUGGAAACCACAAUUAUAUUCACAGUGAGGAUGAUGGUGAUGAAGAUGGGGAUUCUCAGGCCCAGAGUAAAACUAGUGGAAUAAUUCGGGAUGAUGGUGAUUCUGAAACAACAAGCAGUGUGGCAACAGAAGCUGAUGUGAAGGUGGCUAUGGCAGAGGAGGCCCACAGAAGCCAGGCUGCUCAUAUCUCAGUCACCAGAAACGGAGAAGCAGACAAGAGUAAUGAGGAAGUGUUUCACAGAGAUGUGCCACACAAUGCAUCCUCUGGACCGAUCACAUCACACUCCCACAAUUCACCUGAAAACUAUGCAAUGAAUGAGGGAGUGGUCCAAGUUGGGCCAUAUACAGGGUCGCCAUUCCAGGCCACCACACCUAAAGUUGUCCCCAGUCCUGCAGCAGCCAGCCGGCUAGCUCGCAGCAUCAGUGAUAGUCAGGUGGAGACACAGAAAGGUGCUUCGAGAGAGCAGCAGAUGGGAGGAGCAGUGGUUCUUGCUGAUGACAUAAAGAGUCCUGCCAUAGAGAAACUGGAGCUGGUGAGGAAGUGGAGCAUCAACACUUACAAAUGCACUAAGCAAAUUCUUUCGGAGAAGUUAGGUCGUGGCUCCCGUACAGUUGAUUUGGAGCUGGAGGCCCAGAUUGAGAUUCUUCGUGAAAACAAACGAAAGUAUGAGCAUGUUAUCAAGCUGGCGCAGACACUUUGCACUCAGCUGGCGCAGAUGAUGCAGACGCAGAGACAGCUGGGUGACGCGUUUGCCGACCUCAGUCUCAAGACACCCGAACUACAUGAGGAAUUUGGCUACAAUGCUGAAACCCAAAAACUCCUGGCGAAAAAUGGAGAAACUCUGUUGGGAGCUAUCAACUUCUUUAUCUCCAGUGUUAAAACUCUAGUGGAUAAAACUAUAGAGGACACCUUGAUCAACAUUAAGCAAUAUGAAGCAGCAAGGAUUGAGUAUGACGCAUAUCGCACAGAUUUGGAGGAGCUCAAUCUGGGUCCACGGGACGCCAACACACUCCCUAAGAUCGAGCUGUCUCAGCAACAGUUCCAGAUCCAGCGUGAAAAAUACGAAAGGAUGCGCAAUGACGUCUCAGUCAAACUCAAGUUUCUGGAGGAAAACAAGGUGAAGGUAUUACACAACCAACUGAUUCUCUUCCACAACGCCAUCGCUGCAUACUUCGCAGGCAACCAACAGCAGCUCGAACAGACCCUUAAACAGUUCCACAUCAAACUAAAGUUACCAGGAGGAGAAACCCCCUCUUGGCUGGAGGAGCACUGAUUUAAUCAUAUGGUAUAAUCCAGAGUGGAGGGCAGAGCUCAGCACUCCAUAAGGAAACCAAAUUCAUAAAGCAAAAAUUUCUCGCUAUCACUCCUUUCCCUUUUUACAACGUUCAGGACACUAAAACCUGUCAAUAAAUGUAUGCCAGGAAACCAUUUUGAUAAAAGAGAAACAUUUAGCUCCUCUCUUUGUCCUUGCUAUGUCUGACUUUACACUUGAAGUUUAGUUUUUGAAUAAAUGCUUUUUCUUUUGUCUGAGAGUUUGCACUCUCUUGCGCAACAAAUACAAUCUUGUUGUUUUUGAAUCAAGUUACCAGCACUUUAAUGGUAGACAAAAUACAGACAUCUAAACAGGAAGCAGGAAGAAAUGAGGGGCCUUAUGAAUGUUGUACAGACUUU